CAGCCGGCAGCACCGGGACGCGCUCAGGUCCGGUCGAACUCUUUCCGCUCUCGUCUUCUCCUCCUCGGAUGGAGCGCCAACGAUUCCUCCACAGACUGCACCGCCCGCCCGCCGCCCGCCGCCGGGACUGAAGCCGUGCGCCGCUCGGCGUCUUCUUCUGUAGCAGACUAAUCAUUUUCAUUUCGUCGUCCCCUCCGUCCUCUCUGUCUCCGAGCAGGCCGCCGUCUCCUCCGUGACUCUCUGUUCCCAUGCGAUUCUUCAGACUCACAUUCAAGUGUUUCGUGGAUUGUUUUUGAAGGUCGCUGUCCGGUCGUCGGUCUGAUUCCCUUUGUUUUUUUCAUUUUCGCGUUUUUUAUUGUAGAAUUUCCUCUGGUUUUCGAUUCGAGAACGAAAAUUUUCCCGGUUUUUAUUGGACCUUUUGAUUCGUGUCUCCCUUUCUUCUGCGUUAAAUCUGAAUUAAUUCAUCAAUCAAACCGCAGGUUCUGGAUCAUCUGAUCCACGAUCCGCGAUCCACCAGCCGCUCGCCGACAGUGAUAAUAAUCGUAUUUCUCAUUAUUACCGCACAAGAAGAAAAGGCAGACGGAGAGAGAGAGUACAGGUGGAGGCAGCAGCGAUCCGGGAUCGGGACACCGCUGGACCUGCUGCCGACUGACUCAUCUAUUCCUGACCGGUUGCUGGACUCUGAGAGGGGGUGGACUCAAGGUGAGGACGGAACUGAUUGUAGGACUGAAACAAGGAGAGAACUGAGUCUUCGCGGGGACGAAAGGGUGAGAAAUUCAAGGGUCUGGACCGAGGCUGACUGGCUUGUCGCUGGUUUUUAACUGGUGUCCGACUGGUUCUGGGACUGAGUGAGGAAGAAACAUAAUCAAGCACUAAAAGAGGGAGAGAACUCAUCCCGUCAAAGGAGACUGAAACCGCUUCUGCAACCAGUGCAAGCUGCUCCUUUCCUGACUGGGUUGUUACUGGUUUCCGACUAGUUUUGUUCAGGGUGACUCCAACUGUGGGGGAAAAAAAAGACAAAACAGGUUUUGUAGGAAAGAAACAGGACAAAAACUGGUUCCUGACUGGUUCCUGACUGGUUCCUGACUGGUUCCUGGACUCUGAGUGAUGGAGAAGCAGGCCCUGCCGGCCUCUUCCUGCUCUCUGGUCCUCCUGGAGGAGACCAAGAAGAGCCCCCUUCUUCUAUCUAAUGGCGGCGGCGGUUACCCCCCUGCGGCCACGAACGGCAGCCUCGUCCCGGUGACAGCAGCGGGGUCUGGGGGUGGCGGCGCUUGCGCCGGUCCGGACAAGAAGGGGAGCGUGGUCGCGGGGCCGGGGUACCCGGAGCGGGAGACGUGGACGAGGCAGAUGGACUUCAUCAUGUCCUGCGUCGGCUUCGCUGUGGGACUCGGCAACGUGUGGAGGUUCCCCUACCUGUGCUACAAGAACGGAGGGGGAGUCUUCCUGAUCCCCUACCUGCUGAUCGUCUUUGUCGGAGGAAUCCCCAUCUUCUUCCUGGAGAUCGCUCUCGGACAGUUCAUGAAGGCCGGCAGCAUCAAUGUCUGGAACAUCGCUCCGCUGUUUAAAGGUCUGGGUUAUGCCUCCAUGGUGAUCGUGUUUUUCUGUAACACCUACUACAUCAUGGUGUUGGCCUGGGGCUUCUACUACCUGAUCAAGUCCUUUAACUCCAACCUCCCCUGGUCCAGCUGUGACAACGAAUGGAACACGCCCAGCUGCAUCGAGAUCUUCCGUCAGCAGGACUGCAACGGCAGCCUCGCCAACAUCACCAUCACCGGCAACAUGACCUGCGCCGAGCUUGCGAACGCACGAUCACCUAUCAUCGAGUUCUGGGAGAACAAGGUACUGAACAUCUCGUCGGGUCUGGAAGAAGCCGGACACAUCCACUGGGAGCUCAUGCUGUGUCUCAUGUUCGUCUGGGUUCUGGUUUACUUCUGCGUCUGGAAGGGAGUCAAGUCCACUGGGAAGAUUGUGUACUUCACGGCGACCUUCCCCUACGUGGUCCUCAUCAUCCUGCUGGUCAGAGGAGUCACUCUUCCCGGAGCCUACGACGGCAUCAUGUACUACAUCAAACCUGACUGGUCCAAACUGGAGGAGGCUCAGGUGUGGAUAGACGCCGGGACACAGAUCUUCUUCUCUUACGCCAUCGGGCUGGGGGCUCUGACCGCUCUGGGCAGUUACAACCGCUUCAACAACGACUGCUACAAAGAUGCCUUCGUCUUGGCUCUAAUAAACAGUGGGACCAGUUUCUUUGCUGGUUUCGUUGUGUUUUCUAUUCUGGGAUUCAUGGCCGCUGAACAGGGAGUCGACAUCUCGCAGGUCGCUGAAUCAGGUCCAGGUCUGGCCUUCAUUGCAUAUCCGAAGGCGGUCAGUCUGAUGCCGGUGGCUCCUCUGUGGGCGGCGCUCUUCUUCUUCAUGCUGCUGCUGCUGGGACUGGACAGUCAGUUUGUCGGGGUGGAGGGUUUUGUUACUGGAAUUCUGGACCUGUUUCCUGGAAAAUACUACCAUCGCUACAAAAGGGAGAUCGCUGUGGCAAUAUGCUGUUUACUGUGCUUCAUUAUUGACCUCUCCAUGGUGACACAGGGAGGGAUGUAUGUCUUCCAGUUGUUUGACUACUAUUCGGCCAGUGGAAUGACUCUGUUGUGGCAAGCAUUCUGGGAAUGCAUAGUAGUUGCCUGGGUCUACGGUGCUGACCGCUUCAUGGAUGACGUAGCUCGUAUGAUUGGCUACCGGCCUUUCCCCUGGAUGAAGUGGUGCUGGUCCUUCAUAACUCCAUGUGUCUGCAUGGGCAUCUUUCUGUUCCACCUGGUGAACUACAAGCCGCUGACCUACAACAAUGUGUACGUGUACCCGUGGUGGGGCGAGGUGAUCGGCUGGUGUCUGGCUCUGUCCUCCAUGCUCUGCAUCCCCGUCAGCCUUCUCUACAAACUCUUCAGAGCCAAGGGAAGCUUCAAAGAGCGCUGGGCCCACCUGACCAAUCCGGUGUGGGGGGCCCAUCAUCUGGAGUACAUGGCCCCAGACAUCAAGUCCCUGACCUCUCUGUCCCCCGGCACAGACGACAACAAGGUCAUCAUCUUUGAGAGCGUCAUGUAGGCUGGUCUCCGCCAGUCACAGAGCCGCAUCUCCAUCCAUCCCAUCUACGACAAGAUAGCCGUCACUUCGACACCACAACCACAACCUUCAGAUUUACCUCCCCCCGUUAUCAGGCCUCAGAAAGGACAUUGAAACGAUCAAUCAGUCCGUCUCCUUGGAGUAACUGAUUGAUGGGUCUCCUCCAGACAUCACCAGGCAGACCAAAGCUGCAAAGAUUCUUCAUACCUGUGAAGGAGCAAGGGAAUGGGGCAGCUCCUCCAGGAGGGUUUUCAAAUUACACCUACAACAACAAAUGCUUCCUUUUUCCCCAGAAUACCACAAAAUUUGUCACUGAAACCAGCAGAUCAUUGGGUUCAUUAACUUUGAAGGGCUUUGAGUCCCUAAAGAAAAUAUCAGUCUCCUUGACAAAGUGUCAAACCCUGGAGGGGCUGGAAAGGUUUUCUUCCUGAUGGAGUCUCGCUGUGUUCAAAAAGCUGCUGAAUGUCUCCCGUUGAGUCGGAGGUCGGGCUUCCUCCAUCUUAGAUUAAGGGUAUGAAUACAAUCUUGUCCUGGGGUGGGCGGGUUGGACAUGCAAACACACACGAACCUGAUAGAUGGCCAUUACACACACACACACACACACACUUCCUAUCAUUAUUUCAUCAUCAUACUUACGAUAUUAAACAUCAUCAACACGGGGACUGGUGCUGGCUGCCCAUCGUCGUCCAAACUAACCCUAACCCUUUAUGACACUUUAACUGGCUGUGUGUGUGUGUGUGUGUAAUGGUCGUCCGUUAAGACAGAAUUCUAGACAGGCAGACUGACUGACUGACUGACCCCCAUAAAAUUACCAAGUGGUCCUUUGCGUCGUACCAAGACUUAAAAGCGACCAAGAAUGGUCUGACCUUCAAGGAGGUAAGAAAAGAUGUCUUCACUUCCUAUAAGAAGUACCUCCGGUUUAGUUGUCCAGACAUUUGGAAAAGCCAAAGGAAACGCUAACGUGUCUGAGUGUCUUUUGCAAAUUUUCGGGAGUUACGAGGUCCUGGAAAAUACCCCUGGAAACUUACAAAGAACUCUGCUACUUUAAUGUGGCUUUUCUUACCACACGAAUAAGAGAUUGGCAGUAAGGCUUAAGUGUUAAAAAAAAAAAGGGGAAGCAAGCGGUCAGUGAACUCACCAUGCUGCCA